AUGGCGAGCUGCAUCGCAAGCUCGAGCCUGCGUACCGCUCCCGACACGUAUCUCUACGCACUCGCGAGCUGUGCAGAUGGCACCUUGGCGACCGUCGGCUCUGACGACGCACUGCGCACCUUUGACGCAAGCAGCCUGAAGCCUAAGCACACCACACGAUGCCACUCGGGAGUUGCCUGCCUCACCUCGGGUCCUCCCUCACACGUGGUGACGGGUGGACGCGAUGGCAUCGUCCGCUGCUGGGACACCCGGGCGGAGAAGGUUUCUGAAAUGUCAGAUCCUCGCGCCAACGGCAUCGCUUCGGUUGCUUGUCAUGACCGCUAUAUCGCGGCUGGGACCGAGAGUCUGAAAGAGGGCCUGGGCGAUGUCAGUGUACUCAUCUUCGACACACGAAACCCCUCGGCUCCCAUCCGGCAAUACAACGAAUCGCACACUGACACCGUCACACAACUCGCUUUCCAUCCCCAUCAGCCGCAUCUUCUCCUAUCGGGGAGCACCGAUGGACUGGUCUCAGUCUUCGACGUGAACAUGGAAGAUGAGGAGGAUGCGCUCCAGCAGGUCUUGAAUCCAAGGUCGGCGGUGCAUUGUGCUGGCUUUCUAGCGCAAGAUCUGGCGUACGUCGUCUCUACCGACGAGCAGUAUUCAAUCCACACUCUGGCCAAGACUGCUUCGGAAGACGAGGAGGUACCACCACCGAUCGAGUUUGGCGAUGUGCGCGAGGAACUGCAGUGCAUGUAUGUCGUCGGUGUGCUGCAGCAGACAGACGGUCCACCGCUCAUGGCCCACGGCCACACCGCAAAGCAGACGCUCUCCAUCUCUUCGCUUGGCAGUCCAGGCGCGUGGGCUUUCGGGCCAAGAGUUGAUCUGCCGGGGGCGCAUGGCGAAGAGAUUGUGAGAGAUGUGCUGCUUUACGGCAAGCGAGCUUUCAGCUGCGGCGAAGAUGGAACGGUCAAGGCAUGGAGUCUUGGACAGUAG